CACUCCCGCUUGAACAGAAUAACCUCGUGCCGCAAUCCAGUCGUCUCUUCUCUGCACGAGUCUCGGUGCGGGAACAGCCUUUAUUCUUCGAACACCUGAACGAGUGUGAAUAGGCGCUCCUACGACUGACCCCUUCUCGCAUAAACACCUCUUUGAGGCCUCUCGAGCUCCCAUCCCUAUCACCACGAAUGCUGCAUCGAUAAUCUCUACGCUGUCCGUGAACCCCAGACUACGAUGUCGUUCGCCGCAGCACAAAGCAGCAUGGCUUUGACCCAACCCCAGAAGGAGGAUCCCCUGCAACCUCUCCGAACGAUGGCCGACCGAGUGGGCAAAGAGGUGGAGAAGUUCGCGGAGCGAGUAGACCAUUGGCAUACGCACGGCAACGACGAUGCAAAGGCGAAAUAUCAGACAACUCUACGCAUGGUUGGGAAAUUCAAAGAUCUUGCGGAGGCUACAGUGAAGGACCUGAAGAAGCAGAGUGAUGCCGACAAUAAAGGAGACUUGGACCAGAGCGUGAGACGCCGAAUACAGACCAUGGCCACUGCAGCAUCUAGAGAGAAGGGUGGGGAUGACGAUGGGGUGUUCCAAUCCGUCUUGCCCUCUGUUGAGUCUUCCAAUGCCAUCGCCAACUCGUCCGACGUUCAGGAGCUGCGCCAAUGGCAGGCUGAGGUCGCGACCUGGAAACUCCUGAGUCUCAUCAUUGAGCACAACUAUCCAGAACCUGGUACUGAUCCAAAAGUUGUCAAACAGGAACGGUUAGAAGGUCUCGAAGCAACCCACCGAUACAGUCCAAAUAGUGAGAUAUGGGAUCGAUUCCUUCUUGAAGAUGAUCAGGCCAAGGAGAAGCAGUUGAUCUUGAAAUGGUUGGAGCAGACCGCAAAGGACAGCGAAAGCGAUAUUGGAUCCAUCACCGCGCAGCUGGAGGCAGAGUCAGGCAAGGGAACCAAUACAUGGACCAGUGGCUGGCUUGAUACAAAGUCCAAGGUCAAACAAGCGAAGCGAUCGCAAAUAUCGGACCAGCUUUUGCCCAAGGAUACCCCCCUUCGUAAUUCCGAGGGUCUCCCGCUACUCACGCGACUGGAUCCGGAUGCUCCAGUAAGAGACAGCAGGAAGCUAGAAAGGUCCGACGAGUACUACGAACGUGCACUUUGGAUGGUCUUGUACGAGAUGGUUCGCCGCGGUGUGCCUUGGUCUGAGAUCUGCGAGUGGUGCAGGGACAGAAAUGAAGCCUGGCGAGGCGUAAGCAUCGGUGCAGCCUAUGAAUCGCACCCAGAGGGAGCACCAAACCUUUCCGGACCUACGGUUGGUUACUUAUUCCGGCGAAUGUGCCUGUAUGCUUCCAGGGGGGCUCCCUCGCCUUACGAAGCUGCCGUAUAUGGCCUGCUCUGUGGAGACCUCAAAGAAGUAGAGCCUGUGUGUAGAGGUUGGGAUGACCACCUCUAUGCGCGCUUCAAUGCGCUCCUGCUGUCUAGGUUUGACGAAUACCUCCUGAAGAACCAUUCGAAUAAGGUUCCUCCCACCCUGGGCAACAAGUUCACCUUCAAGAGCGCACUUACAGACGUUGGAAGCUGGGAGUCCUCUACCACCCGCGUAAUCCAACUUCUCGGUCAACAAAAAGCCACAGCAUCCCAGUCGCUAUCUCCAAUGAAGCUUAUACAAGGCCACAUCAUCAGCAAUGCCGUCGAGGAACUCGUCUUCCACGUGGGCGCAGCCUUUACCGUGAUGCUCAAGCAAGAUAAACGUCCAACAACUCUAUUGAUGAUUCCGGAAACUGCCAAAAACCUCUUCUUCGUGAAGCAUUUUGCCGCUCUAGCUAACGAUCCUCAUGCCUUCCGGACUCUUGUCCAUGUCUUCAUCGUUUUCAGAAAAGGCCUCCGUUUAUUCGAAGAGGAUGGCACGGAUCGAUGGGACAUAAUGGACAAUACCAUUGCAACUUACAUUGAAUUCUUGCGGGUUACAAAAAGGAUCUCCCUGAUACCACUGUACGCAGCACAGCUCAGCGAAGGUCGAGCGAUACAUUGUUUGGCACGCGUAUUGCCAGACAUCAACAAUCCCGAGGAGAGAGAGCGCAUGAUCGGCUUGAUGCGACAGUAUCGCAUCGAUGAAAGUCUGGUCAUUUCUCAAAAUGUCGUCCUCACCAUAAAUCGUAUUCGCAAACGGUAUGCCGACAAGCGCAUCUCAAGAUAUACCAUUCUGAGACCCAUGGACCAUUAUCUCUGGCCAGGGCAGUGUAUCAUGCGCGAUUUUCCGGGUUUAGACAUCAGCACAGAGGAAGAGUCCUUGAUCGAGUCGUUGCGGUGGUACUUGCAUCUUGAAAAGGACAUGGUCGAUACAUUUGAGUAUCUCACAACGGCAAUGAAAAACCUCUUGGUCAACGGCCGAGUCGGCGCCGCCAUCCAAAUAUGCGACAAUCUGAGCCUCGAGACGGUCUCACAGAUCAAAACCCAAGCCUUCUGUGGGUACGCCUUCAACUUCAUGGAGCCGGGCUCCGAGGAACAAGACCCAGAUAUCACACGUGCUGUCGGCAAGAAUGCUUCGAGUUCAGGACGUGCCUCUAUUCGACCCUCCGAGAUACCCACGAGGGAACAGCAUCGCGAUAUUGUGAUUGAUCUCCGAGCCAUAAGCCGUACAUACUAUGCGCUCCACCAGAUUGUUCGUGCUAUCGUUCUGUUCCGCGAGUGGCGCGAUGAAGAAGCGAAGCUCAUGGAAUUGCGCACAAGCGGUGACGGCAAAGUCAACACGAAGCAAGCCAAAGACAUCUUUGGCCAAAUACAGGCCACCAUGGACACCCUCCUCCUCGAAGACCUCUUCGCCAACCCUUCGGUCAACACCGAUCCGAAAUUCAUUGCCAUCCAGGCGGCCUAUCUCCCCGAACUCCUCAUUGCCUACCUCAGCACCAUCCAAGCCGCCGCCUUCUUCACCUCGCGCGAGUUUGUCGUCAAGGCCAUGGACGUCGCCACUGUCGUUGCGGACGCAGACCAGUACUGGCUACAGGAUGUACUGAUGAAGACGGGCAGGAUGUCGGAGCUCGUGGAAACUUUGGCGCUGGUCAGCCGCGCGAUGUUGACGCUCGGCGAGCACGAAGACUCGAAGAAGAAGAAGACGGUCACGAAGAAGAGGGGCAACAGGGGCGAGACGCUCAAGCUCUGGGAUCUCAACGUGAGGAAUUAGGAUUCGUCACAUCUGCACGCGCAAUGGCAUGAUCCCGUACUCUAUUAUGGGAGGAUUAGAUUAUUGAGAUCGUCGAUGGCGAGGAGGAGCAGAUGGUUGUGGUAAAGGGGGAGCCGCGAGGAUUUGUAUUCUAGCUUAUCGGGCAUUAUGUUUGGCGUUUGAGUCCGGCUGUCUGCUUUGGCUGGCCUGGUUUGAGGCAUCUUCUCUCUUCUUCUCUCACCCUCGAGAUUAAGAGAGAAGCCGUAGUUAUUUGUAAGAAAAAGUGAGGAGGAAAAGGAAAGCCAGUCAACCACAAUAAUCGAAAUAACGAGUUCUAUAGACUCAAUACCUAUACCUACCUACCCAACUACCUAGACCGACUUUAGAAGGCUUAC